UGUAAAUACAACUAAGCUUUUAUUCUUCCUAUUCUUCCGAAAUAGGGCUCUGGACUUCUUUCGACUUUGGAUAUUAGACUCGCUUAUUCUCGAAUUUAACUCACAUAAUUAGAGUCUCGAACGACUCUCGAAUACAACUCUGUUAUCUUCCAACGAAUCAGAUUUAUCCGACUUCAACUCAAAAGAGUCCAUCAACACCAAACUUCGAAACAUUCGAUGUUACUAUGCAGCUGGACGACAAGGAUGUGCUAUUGCUGAGAGUCGUACAUAUGUGGAUUAUUCCUCACAAGGGAAAUUCCUCCCAGCCCUACAUGAUUGACAUGGUUCUCAUGGAUUAGGAGGGAAUGCGCGUACAAGCUACGAUUGAAAAUGCUCAUGUUUCUGAUUUCAAGGACAAAACCAAGGAGCACGGUCUUUAUGGAAUAAUGUGUUUUGAAGUUAGGGCUAAUAAUGGUGAUUGCAUGCCUACUUCGCAUACUUUCAGAUACAAUUGGAAAGUUUAGUAUGACAACAUCAAAUUUUCCUUGCAAACAGAUGGAUUGCCGCCACGAGCAGCAGAAUUCAUACUCGAAGACCUGGAUAAAAAGCAGUUGUCGUGUACACUAUGGGGUGAGCAUGCACAGGCUUUGAGGAAUAUUCCCAAUACCUCGGUUGAACCACACAUCAUGUUGCUCCAAUUGUGUAGAGCAAAGAGUGACUAGGGUGAUGUCAUUCUUGCAAACUCCUUUUAUUGUACAAAGGUUAUAGUGAUGAGAGUAUCCCUGAAAUUGAGAACUUCCAUACUAAGUAAGUGCUUCUCCCCUCAAAUUGAUUUAAUAUAGAUUGGUAGCACUAAAUGCAUUCAUAAAAUACCUUUGUAAUUAAAAUGUUUAUUCUAUCAGCAAAAAUAUACGAAUAUUUAGAAUAUAAAAAAUGAAAAUGAUAUGUAGAAAUCAAAAUCAUAUAUUAAACAUUUGAAUUUAUAUACUUUUACUAAAUAUUGAUUAUCAGUUAUUUCUUGACAUCUAACUUUGAUAAGGUGCUGAGAGAUCAGAGGCGCAAGAAACGAGCAUCAAUUGUUGACUGAGUCUUCAUUUACUUAUUAGUUAUUGUAUAUUUGUUUAAAUGAGUCAGCAUUUAGAGAAAUAAGUUAGGUUUGGUGUCAUGCAUCAGUCCACUAGAUAGUUAUUAGAUCAUGGAUCACUAGGUAGUUAUUAGAUCAUGGAUGAAGUCAGUUUACCGCUUACGUCAGUUAUUAGUCGGUUAUUAGUCAAUUGUAUUUCUUUCUCUAUAAAUAGCCUAGCAAUAUUCAAGCUAGGCAUGCAUGAAUCAAUAUUAUUUUCAGACCUGGAGAUUCUCCCUUGGCUUCUACAACCACUCAUUUGUGAGAUACUCCCUCCGUCCCAAAUUUAUCUUCAUAGUUACUAUUCACAUGGUCAACUCAAAUUACUCUUAAUCUUUUACUUUAUAUAUCAAAUUUUUAUCAAACUUAAAUUUUCUUGAUCAGACUUUGUAGCGGAUUUAAUGUAGUUUCUGAAUAUGUAAAUUUAAUUUACUAAAAAUAAUCUGUGUGAACAGGGAUCAAGUUGCUUUAUCGUCAGUCAAGCAUCGUAAACUGAACUACGAAGAUAAAUAUGGGAUGGAGGGAGUACUUACUGUGAGAAGAGAGUAGGAGAGUUUAUUCACUCCAUAUCUUCCCUUUAAAUCUCUGAACUUACCAAACUAUUUACCUUUAAGAUUGGAUGAAUAGUUUGCAAUUUCUAAGGUUAGGCUAUUUGAAUUUUAAUUUGACUCAUUUUUACAUAUUACUCUGUACUUCGUUUUAAAUAUAUUUUAAUUGUCAACGUAAUUUAGAGGUCUCGAUGUUGGAUUUUGGUAAAAUCACAAAUAUUUUCAAUCGAAGAGUUUGGUCUUAUCAAGGGUGUGUAAAAGAGUUUUGCUCUAAAAAAGCCUAUAAUCACGGUGAGAAGUUUAAGUGCUCUAAAUGCAAUGAAGUGUUCGACAAGGGAAUACAUCGAUAUAAGAAUACUGUCAUGGUGAAGGAUUCUUCAGACUCUAAUCUGUUACGUUGUGUCUGUGGGAUCACGUGUGACGUUUGUUGCACAAAACUACAGGACAAGUGGACAACUCAGAUAACAUUUGAAUCUGCGUGGCAUUCAUGAGACAGCGACGUCAAAAGGAAAUUGACGAUUUAGUGGGUCUGCAUCUUUUGUUUAGGAUUGAUAUAAGCGAGGAAGAUUUUAUAAAAAAAAGUGGCAAAGUUUUUUCCGUGAGGUGUGUCACGCAAAAUGAUGAGCUUAUGAACCAUUUUCUGACAAGUGAUGGACAAAAAGUGACUAUUAAUGAUAGCACGACUACUACCCCAAUUUCGAAGCGACGUUUGUCGGAUGAUGUGGAAGGAUGUGAUGGAGGAUCUUUUACUCAAAACUUCACUAGCAAACUAGAGAAGACUAUUAAGGUUGAAAAACCAAAAGUCUUUGAAGAUAGGCGUUUGAGGUGUAAGUUAAAGAAAAUAUCUUUACUAUUUGAUUAAUAGUCACUUAAGCAGACAUUUAAUUAUUGCACAAUUGCUCAUGUUUUUUUUGUCCAGAGAUGAUGUUGUUGAGUUCGUUUGGUUUUUAUUACUUAAUGCUAGAUACAAUGCUGGAACUUACAAUUACAAUAGUUUAUGCACACCUUCAAUUAUACACAACAAAACAUGCAUAUAAUUUUGGGUAAUAAGUAAUUCCUCGUCUACCCCAACGACCCUAACAUCAAACUGCGGGUCUUCCAUGACAUUGGAAUGGUUUCGCGUGCUAAUGAUCAGUUAGCUAUUUUGGCACCACAUGUAGAGGUGGACUCGGGCCGGGCCUAGGCUCGGUCGAGCCGCCGGUUUUUAUCACAUGGACCCGGGACCGGCCCGAGGGUUGGACGGGUCUGGUUCGGGCCGGGCCACCCGCCUGGGUCACGGGUCGGGCCGGGCCGGUCAACUAUUUCCGGAACCGAGCCCGCCCUGCCCAUCCCCACCGCUUCGGGUCUACACCUGGUCUCGGACUGCCAGACCGGGCCGGUGCUGGGCCCGCACAGUAGCGGGCCGGGCCGGGUGGCCCAAACCGAAUCCACCCCUAACCACAUGUGAUUUUGGACGCUAUUUUGGCACCACAUGCGAUUCUGGUCUUAGACAAACUGAUGUUGAUCAAUCAGUAUAUCUCUUGAGGGUUCAUGGAGUUUCUUAAUAAAAACACUAUUAUUAGUUUUCAUAAACCAAACAAUUAACAGUAUGAUUUUUUCCAAUUAUUUUCAACACUCUUUAUUGAAGCACACUUAUAUUUCAUUUCACAUACUUUGUGUCAUUUAUCAGCAUUGUUUUUGUAUUCCUUUAGUUGUACUUCUAUGAGAUGAUUAGGAAUUUGAUAUAGCUCUUUACUUUAUUCAACUAACAUAUCAAUUUUUCUUUUCUCUUACACCUCUUGAAGCUUCGAGAGAAGAUGAGAUUUAUCAUUAGAAUCGUCAACUUUUUCAGGAGUUAUGAGAUCAAUUUUGUACAAAUUUGACCUUCAUGAAAUAUAUUAUAUUGGAUGUAAAUUGUUGCUAUAUUUCAAAAGACUCUUGAUUGUUUUCGUAUUAACAUUUGUAGUAAGUUCUUAAUAAUGCAUUUAUUAAGUCCA